AUGAAACACAUUUACUUCCUUAAAGCUGUGUUUGAUAUCUGUGGAGCUCUACACUACAAUCCAAAAAACCCUACAGGGCUAAGCGCGUACGCAGCAAAAUUUUCGCGUGCCCGCGGCAGGUGGAGGCGGCGCGGGCGGUUUGCUUGUCCAUCAGUUCAGCUUCAGUUGGACAUGGACAGACUGGACAGUCGAGUGCGACGCGCGGUGGUGAACGGUUCUGUUAUUAGUGAGUGCAGUGAUCGGUCCGUGUGUGAAUGUCCAAUGUUUCCAUGCAAGGCGCGGGGGCGGAUCGAAAAUGCAAAAGAUAAAGACAACACUUGUGCUAUAAUUUCGCAAGAACUUAUUAUCUGUGAAACGGACAAUAACAUAGAUGCAUCGGUAUUUCAAAUUUGGACAUUGUUCUCGGAGAUAUAUUUAUUAUGUUGGCAUGUGCCACAGGGGACGCCAGGCAGCGGGGAGGGCAGCAGUGGGAGUAGUAUGGCGGAGGCGGCGUCCUUAAGUCGUAGUCCAAGAUUCCUGCGCAAGAAGCGUCGACUCUCGCGGUUACUGGACAAGCUGGCAGUUCAACUGCAGAAUAACAAUCAUUAUCCACUCCCACCCUGGCUCAUGCUCGAGCCUCCUUAUUUUGAACCGAAGGCUCCGGAAGAGGCUCCGCUUGAUCUCUCUGUGAAAUCAGAAACACCGAAAAUAGAACGAAAGGAACCGGCCGGCUACAACUGCGAGACUUGCGGUCAGACGUUCGCUGUUCAUGACCGCCUUGCUAAGCACGUUGCUUCACGACACCGUGACAAAACACCCGAAGCAGCCCGUGCAUACGAGUGCGAGAUUUGCCGCCGGCGUUUCGCCCGCUCCGAUAUGUUGACCCGCCACGCCCGUUUACACAGCGGCAUUAAGCCGUACUCUUGUUCUGCUUGCGGGCAGGUGUUCUCCCGCUCGGACCACCUGGCGACUCAUCAACGCACUCACACAGGUGAGAAGCCUUAUCGUUGCCCUGCUUGUCCAUACGCCGCUUGUCGCCGUGACAUGAUUACGCGCCACAUGAGGACGCACUCACGUCGAGCGCCACCCACCGAAAUCUAG